UGCCAGUCUCCCGGACAGACCUUAAGGUAGUGCCGUAGUGCCACUGCACUAUACAGUCAGACAUUCACUGACCCAGGAUAAUGUUUGGGUUCGGGGUGUUCAUCAUUGCUUUGAUGUUUCUGACAUCGUCGUUGGGGAAGACGGUGGAGUUGUAUGUGUCCCCCACUGGUUCCGACUCCAAUACUGGGUCAGAUGUACACCAUCCAGUGAAGACUCUCCCAAGAGUGCUUCAGCUGUUAGAAACACCCGGGAUAAAAGGAAACACUAUCAACGUUGAGAUGAUGAAGGGGUAUUAUGACCUCCCGGCAACGCUUCACUUCACACAUGGGUACCAGUCUCCGGUCACCUUCAAGGCAUACCAAGGACAGGAGGUGCACGUGACAGGAGGACGACGUCUUCCCGUCAGUCAGUUCAAGGGCAUCACAGACCAAUCGCUCCUCCGAAUGUGGAACAAUGACGCUCGAACACGUAUCAAACAGAUUCACCUGCCAUCAGUGGGAAUCACCAACUAUGGUCAUUUGUCCUCCUAUGGCUGGUACGUCUACAGACAGGCCCCCUUGGAGCUGUUCAUCAAUGGUGAACCCCUCACCCUGGCCAGGUGGCCGAACCACGACUUUAUAGAUAUCACGGCUGUGCCAGAUGAGCAUGGAUACCAGUUCUCAUACAACACGAACCGUGACUCGAGGUGGGCAAAUGAAAAAGAACCAUGGGCAUAUGGAUUCUGGUACUGGAGCUGGGCGGACCUGUCGUUGAAGAUAAGUAGAAUAGAUACUGGGAGCCACACCAUCACUCUCGCUGCUAAGGAUCGCCAUGGCAUGCGGCCCGGUGUCUACAACCACGGCAACUUGACUGGAAUCACCUCACAAGGCGGCUACUUCCGGGUGAUAAACAUGCUCUCGGAAAUUGACGAGCCCGGGGAGUACUACCUAGACAGAAGUACGGGGAUUCUGUACGUGUGGCCCAAUACACCGACAGGUUCGCUGACGUCAUCAGAUGCUGUGUAUGCGUCAAUGAUUGAUGACUGUAUCAGACUGGAUCCCGGCGUGUCCAACCUGAGGUUUGAGGACUUCACCCUGGAAGCCUGUCGAAAAUUCGGAAUCAACGCCCAAAACGUCUCCAAUGUAGAACUGCGGCAACUUGAGCUGAAAAAUACAGGUUCCUACGUGUUCCACUGUGGAGGAGACUGUCGGUCCGUCACUGUGUCCAGGUGUGAAAUACACGACGGUGACGGAGGCAUUGAAAUAUUUGGCGGUGACCGUGUCAACCUGAUCGCCUCCGGUAACGUGGUUGAAGACAACCACAUAUGGAGGUACAGUCGGGAGGGAGCGGUUGGACAGAACGCAGUGCACAGUGUUGGUGUCAACAACCUCAUACGAUACAACCACAUCCACGACGGACAAUAUGCUGCCAUCAGGUUCGACGGUAACGACCACGUGAUGGAGUAUAAUCACGUCCACCACAACUGCCUCAAUGCCAGCGAUUGUGGUGCUUUCCAUGCUACGAGGAGUUGGUCCUUUCGAGGCAACAUGAUCCGAUAUAACCACAUCCACGAUACCAUCAAGCUAAUGCCAGGGUCAGGUGUCAGAGGCGUCAUGCUGGACGACGAGUACUCCAGCGUCACCAUUGAACACAACGUCUUCUACCACAAUGAUAUUCACGCAAACAUUGGUGGCGGCCGUGACAACAUCAUCCGCUACAACGUCAUGUACGACAGUGUAUCGGAGAGUAUACAAGUGGACGCCAGAGGGUCAUCGCCUCAUUUCGACGUUCGUCGAAUACUUGACCGAGAUCUUGCUUCUGUUCCAUACAAAAGUGCUCUGUGGAAAGCAAAAUACCCUCAAAUGAGUACAUUAGAGACUGGGACACCUGUCUACCCUGAAGGUAACCAGAUCUACAAAAACAUCUUCUGGAACCAGGGCAAUCAAAAGGGGGUCCUCUACUUUCAGCCAAAUUUUGCUUACAAGAGAUACUUCGAUGUCCAUGAUGACCAUGUGGAACUCCGGAAAUCCAAUUUUUACGCUCCGGAAAAUGGCGAUUUACGACUUCGUUGUGGCGCCAAACAAUGGGCAAAUGGUGUAAACUUUGAAGAACCAAUAGCUCUGAAAGAUGUUGGCCCACGUCAAAGCACAGGUCCAACAUACAUGAAGACAGUCUUACCAACAAUACCGGCAUCUCCAACUCCUCAGCCGUGUGAUCAGUCUACGGUUGCCCCGGAAACAAAGAUUCCUGCAACACCGUAUAUCUCCGACGGAUCUGGACCAAAUUUGUUAUACCCUAAUAUUACAGACGGGUGCUGGUUCAUCACUGACCAGUGUCCGAGACAUCCUCGAGCCCGUAUGUUCCGGGACACGGGUGACCAGAAGAACGACCCUGUGUGGACGAGGGAGGCAAGGUGUCUCAGUCGGGCUGUGGACGAGUGGAAAUACUGUGGAUCCAGUAACAGCCAUUCACUCACGGCUGUGUUCGGUCCAACAGGUGCCAUGACCAUUGCUGGAAGUGGCUGCUACAAUGCAUUUGAACAAUGCCCAAAACAUUACGCCCAUCCUGGUAUACAUCACGAUAAUUAUGCAGAACAAGCACAAAAUGCAAGUUCUGAUGUGGAGGGUUGUUUAUCACGGGCAAGAUCAAUCUGGACCUAUUGUGGAUCUUACCCUCAGUAUCCCGUGUCAAGCAUAUUUAUGCCAACAGGUACAGUCCGUAAUGCAGGCGCGGGAUGUUGGAUCAAGAUAUCUUCCUGCCCCGCUGACAAGCAACUGAAACCAUUUUUCUAUGACGCAUGGGGCGCUACCAACAUAGGAUCUGAUGACCUUGGUGAUAACUGUUUCGAGAGGGCGACCUACUUCUGGCAACGUUGUGGUUCUCACCGGAACCUUCCCGUCACCGCCUACUUCCGUCCGGAUGCUACUCAAAGAACUGUACCAGCAAGCGUCUAAAUGUUUACUGACAUGAAAUGUGCUAAAUAAAUCCGAAACUGUG